AAAUGUAACCCUGGGUUAGUUUCGAUUUCUAUAAUAUAUUUGAUUAUUUUAAUUUAUUCACAUUUUCAUUAUCAUAUUUAUUUGUAUUUAUGUUAUUAUUUAUUUUUUUCUUGUGACAAAAGUGUUUCUAUAGGGGAAAAAGGGUUCUGUUUAGACAUGUUUGUGUCACUAAGCUGUGUUUAAUUUAAUGUUAUUGGUUCAAAAAUGACUUAAUCCCGCCUAAGGUCAAGUAAUGCAACUGUGAUUGGGGAGUGAGGUUGUCAGUCAACAGAGAGAAGCGAGUCGGAAAAAGAAGUGCGUAGGUGAUGUUGUCGGCAUGAGAACAGAAAAUGCGUCACUUUAUGUGUGAAAACUGUUGUCAGAACUGUAUUGUUUGAGUGUUAACCAGUGGAGUAUUCUGUUGUGAAGUCAACACGAUGCCACAGAGAAGUCAACGCGACGCGAUUCAGAAGAAAUGCCGGUUUAACACUUGAUCGUCUUUACAGUAAACGGGGCUAACGUGCUUUGCUGGUGAGAAACUUAACUCAGGUUCCCCACUUAAAUCAGCGCCCGUACGAGAGUUGUAGGUGAUCGGAGCGAUCGCCAAAGACGUUUGCUGCAUCGACUGGGAAGUGCAUUGAGGAAAUCCAGAUAGCGCUCCUAAUUGCCGAGUGGUUAGGAGUUCCUCUGGCUUCGUGGGAGUGUCACGGAGUUUGCUGACGGAUCACAGCCUCCACAUGGACCGAUGUGACUGGUGACGGGAUCUUUGAAUUCUUUCAAGUUUAUUCAGGUACAUUUGUUUGUUUAUUUGUGCUCUUAGAGAGCGAAGCGGCCAUUUUACGUUUCACUCGGCCUCAACGCACUCCAGCGACGUUUCAGGCCUGCAACGGGGGGUUUGUGUUGUGUGUGUGUGUGAGCGAGUGAGGUGGGCCCACAUUAGGAUGGUUUUCAAUUUCUGAACAGUAUGGUGGUUUAAUACUGUGAUUCAUUUAGAGUACAUCAGGAAAAGGUAACAUUUGUAUUUCUAACAAAAUCUAAAGUUUAUUUACAUACUUUAUUUCUAUCUUAAGUCUUCCAAAGUACACUGUUAUAUUGGUUUACACUUAUUGGAGUCAGAUUUGUACUUCUGAAGAGAAAAUAACUAGUUUAAUUCGGAAGUGUGAUUCAGUGAAGAACUCCAUCUUGAUAUCUGUGAAGAACUUUAACCCUUUGGGUGUGUUUGUGUAAAAGAGGAAAAAGAGUCACACAAGCGCUAUAUUUGAAGGAAAACAUUUAUUUAUGAGACUUUGAUUUGUCCUUGAUUCCUUCUGUUUAUUUCCUUUGGAAUAAAUUUGUAUAUUUUUGCUACGUUGCGUGGUCACUCAAAUAGUGCCGAGGGGUAGCUAAUAUUUGUGGAAAGUAAUUUACAGAGAUCCAAGUUGCACUUUAUUAGUAGCAUCAUAAACGUAGGGCCAUAUUUGAUUUAAGUAAAAUCACGUCGAGAGACACAAUUAAAAGAAUCCGGGUUUAGCGUCAACAGUUCAAGCAGGUAGAUAUACCUAAUACCUGAAGAGGGCGCUACAUAAAGUGGGGGCUCGUCCGGGAUGAUCCUUACUGUUAUGCUGCUGCAAAAUCUGUAAAGUGCCAAGAAGAUAUUCUGCUUGCAGGAAAGCUGAUGAGUCAGGGAAAAUGGAUGCUGCUGAUUCUUUCUUACAAGCUGAACUUGACAGUUGGUGUCAGAAAGCAAUAGUUGAUCAGAAACAUGCAGUGUUACUGUUGGGAGUGCCCGCAGAUUUGGAGGUGGCACACAUUGAGGAAACUGUCCAAAAAGUCAAAGCUUUGGGAAGAGUGAGAGUCAGGGAUUAUAAAGAAGGGCCAACUCCAGGGUUUCUACUUGUGCUAUGUGAGUGUAAAGAAGUGGUUGAUCCUUCUCGACUGCCUGUAGACGUAAUUCCUGAAGGGGGCGGGAAGCCUUGGAAGAUGGUUGCAGCAAAAAGUGCUGAGUCACCACCUGCUGGGUUUGCUGAGAAACUAUCAAAUCUGUUAGUACAGGAGGGAAAGUCUAUCUCUGAUCUUCAAGCUAUGUUUUCUUCACCCAGUUCCAAUGCAGGGUCCCCAGAAGCAAUAAUCCGUGCGGUAGGUGAGCUGCUGGAAAAGACCUCAAAACCUGUCAGUGAUGGAAGUGCAUACCGACGCUUGAGAAGCUUUUCAGGUACUGUUCCUAUUCCAACAGGGGAAGAAGCUUUGGAGACCUGGAUGGAUCAAGCCAGAAUGAUGGUUAUGGAGUGUGAAUGCUCAGAGAAGGAGAAGCGUCGACGUAUCAUUGAAAGCCUAAAGGGUUCAGCCCUAGAUGUUGUGAAGGCUGUCAGAUUUUCUAAUCCUGAUGCAACUUCUCUUCAGUAUCUUGAAGCUCUGGAUGGUGCUUUUGGAACUCCUGAAUCAGGAGAAGAUUUAUAUUUUGCUUUCAGAUUGUUGAGGCAGAAUCCUGGUGAAGCUCUUUCUGAUUUCUUGAAGAGAAUGGAAAAAUCUCUAACAAGAGUAGGGCAGAAAGGUGGGUUGCCUGGGAACAAUGUCGAUAGAACAAGAGUUGAACAGCUAAUUCGAGGAGCUGUUGAAUCCGACUUGCUGUUGCUUCAGUUGAGAUUGAGGGAAAGACGAGAGAAUCCACCUACAUUCUUAACGCUCCUAAAUGAGAUAAGAGAGGCUGAAGAAAGUGAAGCAGCUAGAUAUAGUCUGGGUGCCACUGCAAAACCCGUCCCUCGACCACGAUUGAAACUCUCUGGUUUGGCUGCGGUGAGAGAGUUGAAGGCUGAAAUCCAAGAGCUGCGGACAAAAGUAACAGAGGGUCCUAAAGUACCUGUGUCAAAGGUGAUGUUGGAGUCAAAGCCUGAACCAAGUAGGAGAGGAGGUGACACACUAGCAGACCCGGAAGUACUCUCACUAAGGAGGCAAGUACAAAGACUAGAAGAGCAGCUGGCUUCACUGAGUGUCAGACAAUCAUUCCAGUCAUCAAAAGAACCACCACCUGAGCAGGCUGUUACUUCUACAAAACCCAGACUUGAAAUGACUAAAGAUGAUUAUUUCUGUUACAAAUGUGGGGAAGAUGGCCACAUCGCUCCAAGGUGCAAAGCUACUGAGAAUUACAGUCUGGUGAUACAGAAGCUUGUGCGAUCAUUACGAAAGGCCAGAAGUGGAAAAAUGGAUGAGAGUGGUAAACAGUCAGGGGGUAAAGCUAGUUUCUCCCGGAAAAGCCAGACAGUUGUGGUUGAGAAGAGUAGUCUUCCUGCAGGGUUGGUGGGUCCGGCUCUGACAAUCACUAUGAAGAUCAAUGGACAGUCCUGUGAAGCCUUACUAGACAGUGGGUCUCAGGUUACUAUCAUCUUUGACUCAUGGUACUCUAAAAAUCUGUCUUCAGUACCCAUUCAGCCUCUUUCCGGCCUGUCCAUUUGGGGCCUUAGUACAGCCAGUUACCCCUACAAGGGUUAUGUUUUGGUAGAUGUUUCCUUUCCAGCUUCUGUCAUGGGUGUGGAAGAGAGUGUUUCCAUCCUUGCACUGGUUUGUCCUGAACCUGAGGGCCCUGAACAAGUGCCAGUGAUCAUUGGGACAAACGCAAGUUUUUUCCAACGCUUGAUUGGACUUAACACCGCUGGUCCUGAGACAGAUGUAGCCCAUGCUUUAAGAAUUCAACUUCACAAUGCAGAAGUAAUAUCACCCACAAAACUUGUGAAGGAGAAAGCUGUUGACAUGCCUGCUGGAGAAGUGAAGUGGGCUGGGCCAGAUGCCUGCAUCAUACCAUCAAGAGGGGAAAUGUGUGCGGUUUGUACAGUCGAGUCACAGCAACCAUUGGAGAAGGAAAUUCUUGUGGUAGAAUCCCCUUCAGAUGAUACACUGCCUGCUGGACUGUUCAUUCUACCAGUUGUACUUCCCUCGUCUGCUGUGGAGGAAAACAAAGUCAGAGUGCUGAUUAAGAAUGAGACAUGUAAAGAAAUAACCAUCCCAGUUGGAACAGUCAUCGCUCAUGUGUUUCCCACCGAUACGGUGACAGCAGCAUCUGAUGUCCCAACAAAACCCAAGAGGAUUGAUCCAAAGCUGUUUGAUUUCAGCAAGUCGGAAAUUCCAAAACAGUGGGAAGAUCGACUCCGUCAGAAGCUGUGUGAAAGAGGUAAUGUCUUUUCUGUUGAGGAAUGGGAUGUGGGGCUAGCAAAGGACGUUAAGCAUCACAUUCGUUUGAGUGACUCUAAACCAUUUAGAGAGAGAUCUCGACGUAUCGCUCCAGCUGAUAUUGACGAUGUCCGCCGACAUCUCAAAGAUCUAUUAGCUGCAGGAAUUAUCAAGGAGUCCCGUAGUCCUUACGCUUCCCCAAUUGUGAUUGUUCGUAAAAAGAGUGGAGCAAUACGCAUGUGUAUUGAUUAUCGUACACUAAACAGCCGAACACUGCCAGAUCAAUACACUACCCCACGUAUAGAUGACGCGUUGGACUGUCUUGCAGGAAGCAGGUGGUUUUCAGUCUUGGAUCUUCGGAGUGGCUAUUACCAGAUAGCCAUGGCCGACGAGGAUAAGGAGAAGACUGGCUUUAUAUGUCCCUUAGGAUUCUAUGAGUUUGAAAGGAUGCCACAGGGAGUUAGUGGAGCGCCUGCGACAUUCCAAAGACUAAUGGAGCGUGCAGUGGGGGACAUGCACCUUUUAGAAGUGAUUGUGUAUCUUGAUGACAUUAUUGUUUUUGGGUCCACUCUUGAAGAACAUGAACAGAGGCUUCUGAAAGUCUUAGACCGCUUGGAGGAGUAUGGUUUGAAAAUCUCCCUUGACAAGUGCCAGCUCUGUAUGUCACAAGUCAAAUAUGUGGGCCAUAUUGUCUCCUCUAAGGGUGUUGCUCCUGACCCAGAGAAAAUAGCAGCCGUUGCUAAGUGGAAGAUACCCACAGAUGUUAAGGCUUUGAGAUCAUUCCUUGGAUUCUGUGGGUUCUAUCGGCGGUUUGUCAAAAAUUACUCUGCAAUUGUGCGACCCCUGACAGAACUUACAAAAGGGUAUCCGCCAGCCAAAGGGGGUGAAAAGGGCACCACUGAGGGAAAGUAUUUCAAAGAGUCCGAACCAUUUGGUGAGCGGUGGAGCAAAGAUUGUAUUGAAGCCUUUAAAACCAUUAUCCACUGCCUCACUCAUGCCCCUGUCCUGGCAUUCGCUGACCCUACUAAGACCUAUAUCCUACAUGUGGACGCAAGCCAAAAUGGCUUAGGAGCCGUACUAAACCAAGAGUAUCCAGAGGGUCUCCGGCCAGUUGCGUAUGCUAGUAGGAAACUGAGUGCCACAGAGCAAAGAUAUCCAACUCACCAAAUGGAGUUCUUGGCACUGAAGUGGGCGGUAGUAGAUAAAUUUCAUGACUAUCUUUAUGGGGUGAAAUUUAUAGUAAGAACUGACAAUAAUCCGCUCACGUAUGUCCUCAGUACAGCUAAGCUUAAUGCAACAGGACAUCGUUGGCUGGCAGCACUGGCUACGUAUGAUUUCAGUCUCCAAUAUAAGCCAGGACGUCAUAACGUUGAUGCCGACGUGUUGUCGCGUUACCCUUUGGAUGGGGGGUCAUCAGAGGAAUGGACAGAGAUACCACAGUCAGGAGUGAAAGCAAUCUGUCAGAUGGUGAUAAGCAACAAUGAGGAGUUCUCUACCAGACUGGUUGAUCAGUUGGGAGCCCAUUCUACUAUUGUUCCACCCAUUUAUGCAUGCAUUACCCAGCUUGAACUAGGGAAUCUCAAACAGCUGACACAUACUGACCUCAAGUUGGCACAAGACAAAGAUCCAGACAUUGGACCAGUAAAGCUGGCUAUGGAGGAGGGAAAGGUACUUACAGCUGGUACAAGUUCUAGUCCACAAAUGGCUCUUUUGCUACGGCAAGAUUCUAAGUUGGUAAUCCAGAAUGAGCUACUGUACCGAAUAUCUAAACGUUCCUGUGGUAAGGAAAGGAAGCAGCUUGUUUUACCUCAACAGUUCCAUCAGCAAGUGAUGUAUUCCUUACAUGAUGAUGCAGGACAUCUAGGGAUCGAGCGGACCACAGAACUUGUGAAGGACAGGUUUUACUGGCCUCAAAUGACUUCCCAGGUGGAAAAGUAUGUCAAAAGCUGUGGAAGAUGUAUGGCGAGAAAGACAUUGCCUCUGAAACGUGCUCCCCUGAGUAACAUCACUAGUAGCGGGCCGAUGGAAUUAAUUUGUAUUGACUUCCUGUCAAUAGAGCCAGAUUCUAAAGGUGUUGCUAAUGUCCUGGUCGUCACUGACCACUUUACGCGCUAUGCUCAAGCCUACCCUGCUAAGGAUCAAAAAGCAGUGACUGUUGCGAAGAUUCUCUGGGAGAAGUUCUUUGUGUAUUACGGACUGCCAGCCCGUAUACAUUCGGAUCAGGGCAGAGACUUUGAAAGUAGGCUUAUAAAAGAACUCUUGGGCAUGCUAGGCAUAAAGAAGUCAAGGACAACACCUUACCACCCUCAGGGAGACCCACAGCCUGAACGAUUUAAUAGGACACUGCUCUCCAUGUUGGGUACUUUGGACGCUGCAGAAAAACACAAGUGGAGUCAGCACAUCAGCAAAUUAGUACAUGCGUACAAUUGUACUAAAAAUGAGGCUACAGGGUACUCGCCCUAUUUUCUCUUAUUUGGGAGAGAAGCCCGCUUGCCAAUUGAUGUGUGCUUUGGUACUUCUUCAGGAGGCGGAGAAGGACAGUCAUACCAGAGGUAUGUUGAAAACCUGAAGACAGAUCUUCAGAAAGCCUAUCGACUAGCUUCUGAAACCGCACUAAAAAAUCAUCAGCGGAACAAACGUCUCUAUGAUCAAAAGGUGAAAUACCAGAGUCUAGAGCCUGGGGACCGUGUGCUAAUUCGAAAUCUCAGUUUCACUGGAAAGCACAAGCUGGAGGAUAGGUGGAAUUCGACCCUGUACAUCGUUCUGGAAAAGCUUGACAACUUACCUGUCUACAAACUCAAACCUGAGAAAGGAACAGGGGGAGUCCGGACAAUGCACAGAGAUCAUCUCUUACCUGUAGGAGAAUUCGUAAGAAUGCCAAAGUCUGGUGAGAGACAAGAGGUUCCUCAACGGCCAGUAACCAGAUCUAGAGCUGCAAGGAGAGAGAAAAGAACCUUGGAACCCUCUGAAAUGGCAGAUAGUUCUUCCGAAAGUGAACAUGAAAGUUAUGGGUACUAUUCUCCAGACUGGUCUAGGCAAUGGACACAGUUAAUUCCUGAUCUCCAGCAAAAGCUUGAAGUUAAAGAGAAUGAAGUAACUGUCCACACAGACAGUGAAUCUCAGUGUUCGGGAGAAGAGGAAGUGAUAGGGGAAACCCAAGAAAGUGAAGAUUCCAGAGAAAAUAUACACCCAGUUGUAGACUGGGAAGAAGAGCGAAUUUCAGAAGGGGAAGAGAAAAGCUCUAGGACUGUGUCAGACUUGGAGGCCGAACCGGUGCAGCGUCCGAAAAGGCAGAGGAAACCUGUGUCUAAGUUAAGCUAUGAUGAACUGGGCCAACCCAGUGAAAGACCCAUAACAGUUGUACACAGAGGGAUAGUCAUCCAUCUGCCAAAUUCCUCAAAGAUUGAACUUUGUCCUCCAGAAAACUCCUCUUUACCUAAAUGUUCCAGAUGCACUAGAAUAAGCACAGACUCUGAGAACAGACUCAUUAUUAAUAUUUAAGAAGGGUAUACUCAUGGGGACAUGAGAAUUACAGAUGGGGGAGGAUGUAACCCUGGGUUAGUUUCGAUUUCUAUAAUAUAUUUGAUUAUUUUAAUUUAUUCACAUUUUCAUUAUCAUAUUUAUUUGUAUUUAUGUUAUUAUUUAUUUUUUUCUUGUGACAAAAGUGUUUCUAUAGGGGAAAAAGGGUUCUGUUUAGACAUGUUUGUGUCACUAAGCUGUGUUUAAUUUAAUGUUAUUGGUUCAAAAAUGACUUAAUCCCGCCUAAGGUCAAGUAAUGCAACUGUGAUUGGGGAGUGAGGUUGUCAGUCAACAGAGAGAAGCGAGUCGGAAAAAGAAGUGCGUAGGUGAUGUUGUCGGCAUGAGAACAGAAAAUGCGUCACUUUAUGUGUGAAAACUGUUGUCAGAACUGUAUUGUUUGAGUGUUAACCAGUGGAGUAUUCUGUUGUGAAGUCAACACGAUGCCACAGAGAAGUCAACGCGACGCGAUUCAGAAGAAAUGCCGGUUUAACACUUGAUCGUCUUUACAGUAAACGGGGCUAACGUGCUUUGCUGGUGAGAAACUUAACUCAGGUCCCCCACUUAAAUCAGCGCCCGUACGAGAGUUGUAGGUGAUGAUGAGCGAUCGCCAAAGACGUUUGCUGCAUCGACUGGGAAGUGCAUUGAGGAAAUCCAGAUAGCGCUCCUAAUUGCCGAGUGGUUAGGAGUUCCUCUGGCUUCGUGGGAGUGUCACGGAGUUUGCUGACGGAUCACAGCCUCCACAUGGACCGAUGUGACUGGUGACGGGAUCUUUGAAUUCUUUCAAGUUUAUUCAGGUACAUUUGUUUGUUUAUUUGUGCUCUUAGAGAGCGAAGCGGCCAUUUUACGUUUCACUCGGCCUCAACGCACUCCAGCGACGUUUCAGGCCUGCAACGGGGGGUUUGUGUUGUGUGUGUGUGUGAGCGAGUGAGGUGGGCCCACAUUAGGAUGGUUUUCAAUUUCUGAACAGUAUGGUGGUUUAAUACUGUGAUUCAUUUAGAGUACAUCAGGAAAAGGUAACAUUUGUAUUUCUAACAAAAUCUAAAGUUUAUUUACAUACUUUAUUUCUAUCUUAAGUCUUCCAAAGUACACUGUUAUAUUGGUUUACACUUAUUGGAGUCAGAUUUGUACUUCUGAAGAGAAAAUAACUAGUUUAAUUCGGAAGUGUGAUUCAGUGAAGAACUCCAUCUUGAUAUCUGUGAAGAACUUUAACCCUUUGGGUGUGUUUGUGUAAAAGAGGAAAAAGAGUCACACAAGCGCUAUAUUUGAAGGAAAACAUUUAUUUAUGAGACUUUGAUUUGUCCUUGAUUCCUUCUGUUUAUUUCCUUUGGAAUAAAUUUGUAUAUUUUUGCUACGUUGCGUGGUCACUCAAAUAGUGCCGAGGGGUAGCUAAUAUUUGUGGAAAGUAAUUUACAGAGAUCCAAGUUGCACUUUAUUAGUAGCAUCAUAAACGUAGGGCCAUAUUUGAUUUAAGUAAAAUCACGUCGAGAGACACAAUUAAAAGAAUCCGGGUUUAGCGUCAACAGUUCAAGCAGGUAGAUAUACCUAAUACCUGAAGAGGGCGCUA